GCGAGGGCGUGGCUAUGGCAUCGGGGGUGAUGGUGACGAAGAAGAAGGGCGAUGGACGAGGCCUUUCCACAACGGGGCCACCGCAAUAACAGCUCCAUGGUCACCAACAAUCUCAGGGUUUGUCACAAGUUGAACUAGUUGCACGCACACGAAGCCUUUUUUUGCUCUUUACAAGCGCGUCCCUCGGCAAAGCCGCACGAGUGCGCAGAGCUGCACGAUGGGGCGGAAGGACCGUCAACUGUGUUGCCAGAUGAAGCUCAUGGUCGCCGUGGGUGUGCUCAUUAUUUUUCUUCCUUCGUGGUUGUUCGCCCCAGGGGUAUCAGAGACUUACCGCGAGCUGGCGAGAUUUUUCAUGAGAAGGACGGGUUGGAAGGGAGGUCAGGCUGCUGAUGUGUUGUUUGUGAAUGCCACAAUAUGGACCGGGGAUGUGAGGCAGCCCUGGGCGCAUUCCAUGGCAGUCGCCAACGGUCGAAUUUUGAGCCUUGGCGAUUCUCCCGAGGUCCUGGCCAUUGGUCGUGACACAAAAAUUGUGGACUUGGAGGGUAAAUUUGUGACUCCUGGAUUCAUCGAUUCCCAUACCCAUUUCAUAAGUGGAGGUCUUCAGAUGGAUUAUGUUCAACUGGAGACUGUCACCAGCCGCGCCGAUUUUACGAAUAGGCUCAAGCUUGCUACGGAAAGCGUGGAGAAAGGGAAGUGGAUAAUUGGAGUCAAUUGGAAUCAUGAAAGCUGGGGUGGAGAGUUGCCUGAAGCUUCUUGGAUUGAUGCUCCAAAUCAUCCUGUCGUCGCGUGUCGAGUAGAUGGCCACAUGUGUGUGGCCAAUUCAUUUGCUUUGGCGUUAGCAGAUAUUCAUCGUGGAACAGUAAACCCCGAAGGAGGCACCAUUGUGAGAGAUCAUAAAGGAGAUCCAACAGGGGCAUUAGUCGAUACAGCCUUGACACGUGUUGUGAAAUGUAUUCCUCAACCAUCAGUUGAAGAGAGGAGGUCUGCUUAUCAGAAGGCGAGUGAAUUGGCAUUGAGUAACGGAGUAACCUCUGUGGUUGAUUUUGGAAGAAUCACUCCAGGGGGACCGCCUGAGCAACCUUGGGAUGAUUUAAACGAUGUCUAUUUAUGGGCUGAUUCGACUGGGCACAUGAAAGUGAGAGUGACUGCCUACUAUCCCCUUCAGAUCUGGUCCACCGUUGCGGCUUUUGUGAAGCAACGGGGUCACGAUGUAAGCCAAUGGUUACGGGUGGGUGGUGUGAAGGCCUUUGCUGACGGUUCUCUGGGGUCACAAACCGCUCUAUUCCACCAGGCCUAUGCAGAUGACGAGUCCAACUUCGGUUUACAAGUGGCUGAUCCCGACUGGAUACUUGAGACUGCGUUAAGCGCUGAUGAGGCUAAUCUUCAGAUUGCAGUGCAUGCUAUUGGCGACGCUGCAAAUGACCAAGUUCUUUCCAUUUUCGAGACAGUGAAAUCCAGAAACGGUCCUCGUGACCGACGCCUUAGGAUUGAGCACGCUCAGCAUCUGUCAGCUAAGGCCCCCAAACGCUUCGGAAGUGAGAACAUAAUUGCAUCGAUGCAGCCUGAUCAUCUUCGGGAUGACGCACUGAUCGCUGCGAAGAGGAUAAGGGAGGAAAGAGCAAUGCAGAGUUCCUUUCUCACGAAGUCGCUUUUGAGCAAUGGAACUGUGAUUGCGCUGGGUUCAGACUGGACGGUUGCCCCGCUGGAGCCACUAUUAGGACUUCAAGCUGCGACCACACGAAUUCCACGCGGCGAGAGCAGACCCUGGAAUUCGGAGGAAUUGAUUUCCAUAGAGGCUGCACUUAAAGGGUAUACAUGGGGCAGCGCAUACGCAUGUUUUCGUGAUGCCCAAGUGGGUACUUUGUCACCCACUAAAUUUGCAGACUUUGUGGUGCUCUCAGACAACCUUUUGACGCACCAUUUUUCCACAACUCCAUCAGUGCUGGCCACCUAUGUUGCCGGAGAGCGUGUAUAUUCUGUGAGUUGAAUCGCCAGAAGGUUGCAGUUCCUGCUUGUGCAAUACACAUCGGACUCCUAGCUGUGUCUUUCUCCCAGAUGAGUUAUGUAAAGAUGAGUUACACAUAUCUCAUCUUUUGGCUCAUGUGCAUGCAAUUCCAGAAAGUUUUGCUCAA